AUGCGUUUCAUCUUUGCAAUUAUUUGCGUUAUAGUAGCUGUUGUCGGGUUAUCAACAGCAUUUCCUCAUCAUGAUCGUAUGCGUCGUGGUCCAAUUGAUCUGAGUGGUUUGACUGGCCCCGGUGGAAUGUCAUUUAUAUGUGUAUUUCCACCAUGUCAGGUACAACCAAUCGUCUUUCCAACAACAAUCGAUUGGGAUGCUCUUCAUGCUAGUAUUGCUCAAUGGAAUAAAGAACAGGAAGAAUUAUCAUUAUUACAAACCAAUAAUUGA